AUGGGCGCCACUAACGACUUUGCCCACCGGGCGAUGGGCACCAUCCUGGCAAGCUGGUUAUGGUUCUCUGCUAUGGCAAUUCUGCUUAGUCUGGUACGAGGGUACUAUCACCUGAAGAUGCUCGCUCUUCAUGAUCGGUACGAUCCGAUCGUGCGGACUGGCCCCUACACCCUGUCGUUCAAUACAGCGCAAGGGUUCAAGGGCGUCUACGGGUCUCGACCGGGCGUGGCCCAGUUUCCGAGAAACCCCAAGAUCUACGGGCCUAUGAUCCCUUCUCGCGACUCCGUUGGGGGUCCCAUCAGCAACGAGGCUCACCGCCGACACCGGCGCCUCUUGGCGCAUGCAUUUUCCGACCGCGCACUUCGCGAACAGGAGCCGCGGCUUUUCUCGUUCAUCGACGUGUUCAUCUCGCGACUGCGAGACCUCGCUCACCAGAGUACGGACAUAGACCCCAAGGCGUGGUUAGAGCUCGCCGCUUUUGACAUCACGGGACUUGAUUGCCAUACACCAAUUUCCGGCGCUCGCGAUGCUGCAGGAGGCCUACACGCCGCCGUUGUUUCGUCGACAAAUUAUGCAGAAUUGACCAUCAAUGCUGAAAAGGCCGAACGGCGAGUGGCCCUUGGGGUGGAUCGAGUGGAUUUCAUGUCAGCUAUGAUCAAGAACGGGCUGGUGGACGACCAUCCGCAGGCUCAGGAGAAGGUGACGCGCAUUGGACGGUGGAAAGCUCGGACGGACGUUCACGUCCCGCACUACGGCUCAUACAUGAGUGAUGCCAGCUUCUUCCGGGCCACGGAUUUUCUCCCGGAGCGCUGGCUGGGCACUGACCCCCAGUUCGAAGGAUAUAAGACAGACACGCUCUAA